AAUACAAUGAAAUAUAUAGGAGUUAUGGCAGAAUAUUUCAAACCGUUAAUUUAUUCAGAUAAAGAAGAAGUAAACGAACCAUUGGAAAAACCAGUAGCUAAUGAUAAAAUAAAACGAAAUAGUCAAGUAUUUGGUAUGGGAGACUUUGAUUAUGGAAGCUCUUCAGCGGUACCAGUUAAUAUAAAAAACGAAGACGAGGAAUUCGACCAGAUAUCUAGAAAAACCAACAAUCUUUUCGCAAUAAUUGAGAGUGAACUAGCUGCUAGCUUCGAAGAAGAGAGAAAUUUGAAAUGUAAGCUGAAUAGUUUCGAAAAAAAUUUGGAGAAAAAAAAGCAGCUUUAUGAAUCGUGUUAUAACUUGUACAAUAAAGAAACUAAACAUAUGGAAUUUAUCACUGGGAAAAACGAACUCUUCGCGAAAAAUAUCCAUCAUUAUGAGGAAAUAUUGCAAUCUUGGCAAAUUUUAAUUGAUGAAUUUAGAAAAGUUCCUGAAGAUGUCACUGUCAAUAACGGAUAUGUCAGUAUUUAACCAGGAGAAAAUUUAUAAGUUUGUGCCAUUAAAUACAAUAGCUUCGAUGAUUUAUUUUUGAACUAGCAAAUUACAGAAUUCAUAAGUGCAGUUCAGUUAUUAUCAGAAAUUAUAUAUAACUUAUCAAUGGACUCUGUUUGCUCAUAACUUUCGAACUAUAAAUUUGAGGUUGAA